UAAAAAUUAUAUACGGAAUUCUUUAACCUCAAGAAGGGCCGUCAAUAGAGCGUCAAUUUUGUUUAUAUUGAUGUCACGUGGUUUACUUGUGUAUCUUUCUUCACAUGAAGAUGAAAAUGUCGACUUCAAUUAUCUUGACUAAAUUAACAACAAUCUUUUAUAAUUACCGUAUUGUAUUCGCUACGCCUGAGUAUUUUGAGUCAUUGAGAUAAUCCAUCUUUUUGUCAAACAUAAUUUGCAUUUUAUAUCCUGUUCAAUUUAGCGACUGUUUUUGUGACAAUAUUUUGGUCGAAGUUCUGUUAUCUACGAAAUAGGUUACUAGGUUUAGCUGAAGUUUUUAUGAAACAUGGAUUGUCGUUUGAAUGCGCUCUAAAGUUGGACAGACAUGUUGACAGAAGAUACAGCUAGCGUCUAUUACCAAUACAAAGAAGAAAAUGUUGGAAGAAAGGAAAAACAUGACACCAAAGAAACGGUCGAAUCUAAAAUUGAUGCUUUAAGAAAGAACUUUGAAAUGGCUUGUGUCGCGUUUGAUACCAUAGUCAACCAGGAUUUGGAAGAAGGCUCUGCCAAACGCAAACUUGAUGUGGUAAUGGAAAGACUUUUCAACAUCAAGAGUGUUUUAAAUGAAAGAAGUGAUACUAUUGAUCUUUGCAACAGGCCAUACAUAGAUGAAACGGUAUUUGCAAAUUUAAUGAAUACGAUGGCUCAUCAAAUUGACGAUAUGAAAAAUACAAUAUUGAAUCGAAUAGAGGAUGGCCUUCAAAAUGCCAUGGAUGUUGCCCGCGAGAACCAGGAAUUGAAAGUUUUAUUAAAACGCGAAAAGGAAGAAGUGAUACAUCAACAGCAAAGCCAUAACUUUGCGGUAACAGAAAAAAACACAAUUUUAGCUACGUGCAGAAAGUUGGAAGAACAGCUUGAAGAUAAAAAUAAGCAAAUACUUCAGCUACAAAAGGAAAGUACUGUCUCGCUUUGGGAAAAAGAAAAGACCCGACUUCUUAAUGGUAUAAAGACGAAUGAAGUUGAUCUAUCACAACAAUUAAAAAAAGUUCAAGCGGAAGCUACAGAAACAAAAGAGAGAUUCCAACGUCGAGUUAUGGAUCUUACGGAUCAAAUAAAGAUGCUUAAGCUUGAAAAGGAAGUAGGAGGGAGACUGAGAUCAAGUUUAACUCCUCAAAGUGUUUACUCCAUUCCGAAUUUGAACGAUAAAGAAAGUUCACUGAAACAGCAGUUGUAUAGAAAAGAACGUUCGCUCGUAAUCGCUGAAGCCGAACUUCAGAAGCAGCAAAAAUACUUCAUUGGCUUCAUUCAUGGUUUGAAACGAGAUUUUAUAAUAAUGCUGGAAAAAGAAGGGAAAAAAAUGGACGAUUUUUCUACAGACAACAGAGCGUUUUUAAGCAUGUUAAGCAGAAUAUACACAGCAUCUACUGAAGGGAUUUUAUCUGAACUAAAAGCGAAAUUACCAGUUCAUUAUCAAGGAGUAAAUGAGGAAUCAUUGAAACAUCCGCUGGGCAAAAAGUUAACCAGAUCUAUUUCUCAGUUGAAUAAAGAAUACAAUGAAUUACAAAGAAGUGGGGAUGCAAACGAUCCUUUGCUGAUGAAGCCAUUGUUUACAAAAUGGAGAGAUGCCAAUAUAAACAUCCAAACAUUGACAUCACAAACCCAUGGUGUGCAUCCUACAAUGGUUGAUAUCAAAACGGGAACUCUUAUAGCUGGGGAAGCGAUGAAAUUUUUCCCUGAAUGGACCGAACAUGAUGUGAAGGACAUGUUUGAGCAUUUUAAAAAGUUUGAUGUAAAUAAGGACUUUCAUUUGGACUGCGAUGAAUUACUUAAUGCAAUACCUGAUAUCCUUGGUAAAAUGACGACAACAGAGGAAAUAAAGGAAGCCAUGAAUGAAAUAGACUUGGAUAAUUCAGGCACCGUAGAUUUCUUUGAGUUUCUCGUUGUUGCAAAACUUGUUACCCAGCAGGAAGGUAAAUCGUCAAUUUUCAAAAAGAAACGGCUCACUGCUCUUCAAAAAUCACCUCCAGUAAAUUCAAGGGUCUGUAUUAUACAAUAAAAUGCAAUCUUGAAAAAGAUCAUGACUUUCCUCGAAGUGCUAGGAACUCUUAAAAGACAGUGAAAAAAGAAAUAGACAAUGAAAUGGAAGCACAAUUCAAACGUAAUCAACAUGGGCAACAAUUCAACUAAAAUCAUGACUAUAAUCUAUAGUGCUGACUCCAAUAGCUUCAGAAAUAAACUCGCCUAUAGAAAACACAUUUGAAUGUUGUGUUUCGAGAUCGGUAGUUUCUAGUAAGCAGUACAAAAAUUUGCAAUGACAAUGUCAACAAAGUUCCUGUUGAAACCCACUGAUUGAAAAAAUACGUGGAAACCAAUAGAUAGCGAAAGUUGGA